ACGUGGGGGAGGAAGAGGAGGAGGAGGAGGAGGAGGAGGAAGAAAAAAAAAAAAGGAGGAGGAGAAGAAGGAGAAGGCAGGGGUUACGUGGUGCCGCUGUGGGGCGAGCUGCCGCCACCGAGGGCAGGGGGCGGGCGGAGGGACCAUGCCGCCGCCGCCGCGGUAAUUGAGAAUGGGUCCUCAACGAUGCUAAGUCUACAAUGGGAAGUGUCACGCUUCGCUAUUUCUGCUAUGGGUGCCUUUUCACAUCAGUGACCUGGACACUUCUGCUCUUUGUUUAUUUCAACUUCAGUGAAGAGAAUCAGUCCUUCAAGAAUGUGCCCGUCAAGGGGCUGGAACCUCAGAGGCCAUUUCCAAAAAAAUUCUACCCCCGUUUUACCCGGGGGCCAGUUCAUUUACCUGAAUUGCAACAGAAAGAGAAUAAGAUUGGAAAUCCUCUUGGAAAUCAUGUCCAGGACCCAGUUAAAGGGGAGGUAGACUUCUCUCCUGAAAUGGGAAUGAUUUUUAAUGAAGAAGAUCAGGAAGUGAGAGACUUGGGCUACCAGAAGCAUGCUUUCAAUAUGCUCAUCAGUAACCGGCUGGGAUACCACAGGGAGGUACCUGAUACAAGAGAUGCAAAAUGUAGAGAGAAGUCCUACCCUUCUGAUCUGCCGUCUGCCAGUGUUAUUAUCUGUUUCUACAAUGAAGCACUUUCUGCCCUGCUUCGCACAGUACACAGUGUCCUCGAUCGCACUCCUGCACGCCUUCUUCAUGAAAUUAUUUUGGUGGAUGACAACAGUGAAUUGGCUGACUUGAAGAAAGACUUGGUUGAAUAUGUUAAAACUCAGCUUCCAAAAACAACAAAACUGGUAAGAAAUGAGAAGCGGGAAGGCUUGAUUCGAGGAAGGAUGGUUGGAGCGUCUCAUGCCACAGGAAAGGUGCUGGUAUUUCUGGACAGCCACUGUGAGGUGAACGAGAUGUGGUUGCAGCCGCUGCUGACUCUGAUCAGCGAAGACCGCAGGACUGUGGUGUGCCCCGUGAUUGACAUAAUCAGCGCCGACACGCUUACCUACAGCUCCUCCCCGGUCGUGCGUGGAGGGUUUAACUGGGGCCUGCACUUCAAGUGGGAUCUCGUUCCUGCGUCAGAACUGGAAGGACCCGAGGGAGCUACUGCUCCGAUCAAGUCGCCUACUAUGGCAGGAGGCCUGUUUGCCAUGGAUCGUGAGUACUUUAAUGAACUUGGACAGUAUGAUAGUGGCAUGGACAUCUGGGGAGGAGAAAAUCUGGAAAUAUCUUUUCGGAUCUGGAUGUGUGGGGGCAGACUCCUGAUCAUCCCCUGCUCCAGGGUGGGUCACAUUUUCCGUAAAAGACGUCCCUAUGGCUCACCACGGGGCCAGGACACCAUGGCUCAUAACUCCUUGAGGCUGGCACAUGUGUGGAUGGAUGAAUACAAGGAGCAGUAUUUUGCUUUGAGACCUGAGCUAAGGAUGAGGAACUAUGGAAACAUUACUGACCGUGUAGAAUUGAGAAAAAGAUUGAACUGCAAAUCAUUUAAGUGGUAUUUAGAUAAUAUCUAUCCUGAGAUGCAAAUAUCUGGGCCCAAUGCCAAAGCUCCGCAGCCAGUUUUUAUUAAUAGAGCACAGAAACGACCAAAAAUAAUCCAGCGUGGAAGGUUGUAUCACCUUCAAACCAACAAAUGCCUGGUUGCCCAGGGCCACCCAAGUCAGAAAGGAGGCCUGGUAGUGGUUCGGGAAUGCGACUACAACGAUCAAAACCAGGUCUGGGUUUACAACGAAGACCACGAGCUGGUUUUGAAUAAUCUCCUUUGCUUGGAUGUGUCGGAAACGCGCUCGUCCGAUCCGCCUCGUCUCAUGAAAUGCCACGGCUCUGGUGGCUCCCAGCAGUGGACAUUUGGGAAGAACAACCGCCUCUACCAGGUCUCCGUGGGGCAGUGCAUGAAGGUGGUAGACCCGCUUAGCCACAAAGGGUACGUGACCAUGGCCAUCUGCGACGGGUCCCUGCCUCAGCAGUGGCAUUUUGAGAGCUGAGCCAGCCAGCCCCGGAGCGUCGAGCCAAGACCAGGAUCCCCUUCAGCCACCUGAGGUCACUCUGGAGGGCUUUGCGAGGAGCCCUUUGCUGCUACCCCCACCACAGCCAUCGCAAGGACCCUGCAGAAACAUCCCGCUGCGAGGAGCUGCGCUGCGGGCACGAGGAGGGCCGGGCGGUCACCGGACCCGUGUCAGGCGCAGCAGGAACAGCGGCAGCCCUGCUACAGACCCGAUGCGGUCCCUUGGACUGUCCUGGAUUAUUGAACUGUUUUUAAGUAAGAGAAAUUAUUAGAGUGGUGUAAUUUAAAUCGUGAGAUUUUAGCCUUGUGAAUGACAGAAAAGAGUCAUUUUUGAGUAUUUCAUGCGCAGUAUCUCAUUAAUUUACAUUUUUUUUAGUAUGGUUUUACUGGCCAAAUUAUUUUACUUUACCUGGAAAAUAUUUUUAUUCCCUUUUAUCUUCUGAAAAUUGUCAUUUGCGGUAUUUAAAUUUAGUUCUUUUAAUUUACAGUUUUAGGACAUUUCAUGUAGUUUAAAUUCUUAGCUGUCAUUCGUCACCUCAUAUUUAAAAAAAAGAAGUAACUAUUACAAAGUCUAUUUUGAUGACCCAUGACAGUAGCUGCAUUUAAAAUAAAGUAUCAUUUUUUUAUUAAUCA